GCAGCUAACUUCACACCUUUCAAGAAAGAAAACAAACGUGGUUUGUUUGGUUCUGCUUUUCGUGUUUUUUCCAAGAGAAUUUCCUCGUGAAUUUAGCGUAGGUCAUCAUGAGUUUCACUCAUUCAAUAAAAGUCCCAACACAGUACAAAGUUGCCAGCAAGAUUUUGCAGAAAUACGAAGAGGAUGGAGCUUCCAUGAGGAGCAUGAUUUAUGGAGAAAAACAUGCGCGAGUUAGACGUCUAUGUGGGCUCAUAACAAAGAUCCUCCAGCAAAAACCCAUCCUUGAUGCUGUAAUAGAAAGCAGCAAAAUCCUCGAGAAGGAAGAUCGGAUGAAUCCCUACCUCUGCACAAUUCUCGUAGCUGAACUCCUCAUUGGUGCUGGGAAGCUAAAUGGAGAAUCCAAGCCUGUUACAACGGUGCUGUCGUAUGAGAAGAAAUUACGAGAAAAGUUCAAGGAAGCUCUGGAAUCCUUUGGAGAAGUUCCAAAGCCAGAACAAAGUAAAUUACCACGCUAUGUUCGGAUAAAUACGCUAAAAGUCAAACCUAGGGAGAUUCUGGAAAUCCUAAGCAUGGAAGAGGGUUGGAGGCAACUACCAGCGGCUGAAGAUUACACGAAAUUCCUGGAAGCUGUGCAAAAUCUGCAAGACAAUGAAUUCAUUGAGGACUUUCAUGUUCCCAAUUUAUUUGCCUUUCCGUUCACAUCUCGACAGUAUUGGGCUACGCAUCGCUUCGUUGAGGACUUGAGUGUUGUCCUGCAGCACAAAUCGUCGUGCCUAGCACCCUUCCUCCUCGCACCACCUCGUAAAUCUCAUGUAUUGGACAUGUGCUCAGCUCCGGGUCUCAAAACAAUCCAAAUGGCUGCAAUGAUGAAGAAUAAGGGAGUGAUCUAUGCGGCUGAGAAUCACAAUGCACGCUUCAAAACUCUCGAGGACUUUGCCAUGAAUUCCGGAAGUACAAUAAUUCAACCCUUGAAUGUUGAUAGUUUGACAAUUCGCGAUGAAGAUGUUCCGGAUAUUGAGUAUAUUCUCCUGGAUCCUUCAUGCUCAGGCAGUGGAGUAAUCUUUCAGAUACAGACAAGAGAACGAACAGAGUACAAUGAGGAUCGCAUUGGAAAACUCUCUAGGCUUCAGCUGAAACUUCUCUGUCAUGCCAUGAAGACUUUUCCAGCAGUUAAACGAAUUGUCUACUCAACGUGCUCAAUGAAUGUUCAGGAAAAUGAAAUGGUCGUUCAGCAGGCGCUGAAGCAAUUCAAGAAUUUCAAACUCAAGUCCCCUCUGGAACAGCUAAAGGGUGAGUGGAAGAGUUUUGGGUCGUUGAAGAAAAUCGGCAAGAAGUGCAUCUAUGCUGUACCCGAAGUUGAUGCUACAAAUGGAUUUUUUAUUGCCAUCCUCGAGCGCAAGGACGAACUUCCAAUGGACACCACAACGUAGAAUUAAAAAGAAAAGGUAAAAUUUUGUCUACCACUGUCUUAAAUAUUUUUUUUAAUAAUAGUAUCUGUUGCUGCAGCAACUCAAUUCUUUACAAUACUUUUCAAUUGUUUUUAUUUUACACAAUACAUCCUUUUUGAAAGAGUC